GGCCUGAACUAGAAGGAUGACCACAGACAUUCCUAUGACGAACACAUGGACAACGAGCGGUCCAUUCACCACACAUGGUGGGGAAGACGGUGAUGGAGCUAGUGAUGAAGAGGGACCCCAGGGGUGGGGAGUAGGCGGCAUCGAGAACAGCAUCCCAGUCCGCAUCACAUACACCAUCAUCGCAUGCCUUGGCAUUGCUGGCAAUUUCAUCGUCAUCUUUGCUCUAAUCAGGGUCCCCUCUCUGCGGAACUGUACGAGUUACUUCAUCAUACACCUGGCAGCUACUGAUCUGAUCACAUCGAUCUGGGUCAUCCCGUUCCACAUGUUAUCAGUGACUCCUCACGUAGCCGAGGGGGUCGGGGGAGAGUUGAUCUGCCGUCUGUUCAUCUCCAAGUACCCGCUCUGGGUCACCAUUUUUGCCUCCGUCUACAGCAUGGUCUGUGUGACCAUGGAGCGUUUCUUCGCCGUGGUUUACCCUCUCAAAUACAAGGUUCUCUACACCACGUCUCGGAUCAUCCCCAUGAUGGUGUCUUGCUGGUUGGUGGGCGCGGUCUCCAACUGGUUCUUCUUCUACAACUACGACUCCGUGAGCGGGAAAGGUUGCCAGUUCGUACCGUGGCCUAGCCAUGCCACCACCGGGGUGAUUGGUGUGUACAUCUUCGCUGUCGUCUACUUCAUUCCGAUCACUACCAUGUUGUUUGCUCACUGGAAGAUGAUCAAAUCUCUGAAGCAUCAAGCGGCAAUCCUGGAUGGAAAAGCCUCCAGGGGCGGUGCCGAUAAGAAGCAAGCAUGGCAGCUACAAGUCGCCCAAGAUCUGAGCCGUAUGCUCCUGGUUGUCGUCGUGACCUACGCCGUCUGCUGGCUUCCCAACCAGGUCCUCUUCCUCGCCUUCAACCUCGGCGCUCCGGUCAGCUUCGCCAGCCUCCCGUUCCAUCUCUCCGUCAUCCUGGCCCUCUGUAAUUCCUGCAUCAAUCCCUUCAUCUACACCCUCAAGAACAAGCAGUUCAGGGAAGGAGUCAAGGUGGCCUUACGUCUCAAGUCGAUGGGCGCCGUGGGCCCGGCCAGUAGCUCCCGGGAUGAGGGGGAGAUGAGAACGGCAAAUACGCAAAAUACCAUAGCUUGAAUGCUCAUGAGAUUUAUAAGGGAAAACUAAGAAAACGUAGAAAGCUGUGCAUGUUUAAGUCAAAACUCCUUUCCGACUUUUUUUUUAACGCCCGAUGCUUUAAAACAGCUACGGGUGUGUUGAAUUUUUCAGAUUUUGUGACCACCAGUUUCCGUGACUUGCACCGUGAAAAAGUAACGUCUGUCUCUGUAAAGCACUAAUUAUACUUCAUGAACAUGAUAUUAUUUAUUCCCUUAAAUUUGCUAAUUUCGUAUAGAAAUAGAUAUUGUACAUUGGCCUGAGCAAACGUGGACAUUGAGUCGGACACAAAUAUAUGACAAUAGACGUUGCUCCUUAAUGUUUUUAUUCUUUUGCGUAGUGGUCCUUGUGUUUUGCUCUUUCUGGGGUUAUUUUUGGAAGAAAAAACGGUGCUAGGAUAGAAACAUCAGGCACUCGAUCGAACUUUAUUAAUGCGCUUUUUAAAAUGACAAUUCUACAGACUUGUUUUAUAUAGUUAUGUUUAUUCAUCUAUAUUUAUGUGUUGCAUAGAGUGAUUCCCCUCCCUCUACACUUGCGUAAGGUUACGCCCAUUCCUAUCAUCUGUACCAUUAUUUCUUAAAUGCAUGGAAACUUA